AAAAGCUUCAAUGGACUUCAACUUGAAUGAAUCUCCAUAAAAAAAAGGAAAAAAAAACACAAUUUCCCUUCGAUUUUUACCUUAUCAUAACUUCGGUUUCUUUGAAUUUUCAACCCUGGGUAUCAAGUAUCGAUCUCUUUUUUAUGCUUAGUGAGUCCAGUUCAACUUUAGACAUGUGAAACCCAGAAUCUUUAGUGCAAAAUUUCUCGUUUUUCUGGGUUUUGGAUCGGGGUUUUUUUUUUCUUUUCAAGUGAUGAAAAAUUCAAGUGGUGGAAAAGGAUCCAUGUCGACUGCUAGUUCAAUUACUACUUGGAAAGCAGGAGAUGUAGUUCCAGUUCCAGAUCAGUUCCCUGCUGGUUUGCGUGUGCUUGUUGUUGAUGAUGAUCCAACAUGUCUCAUAAUCUUGGAAAAAAUGCUAAGAAAUUGUUCAUAUGAUGUUACCAAAUGCAAUCGAGCCGAGACCGCAUUAUUGAAGCUACGCGAGAACAGAAACGGGUUCGAUAUCGUUAUCAGCGAUGUCCAUAUGCCAGACAUGGAUGGAUUCAAACUUCUCGAGCAUAUUGGUUUGGAGAUGGAUCUCCCUGUCAUCAUGAUGUCGGCGGAUGAUGGAAAAGAUGUUGUCAUGAAAGGUGUUACACACGGUGCCUGCGAUUACCUAAUCAAACCAGUUCGAAUUGAGGCACUGAAGAACAUAUGGCAACAUGUGGUUCGGAAGAGGAAGAAUGAGUGGAAAGACUUGGAGCAGUCGGGAAGUGUAGAAGAAGGAGAUCGGCAGCCAAAACAAUCUGAAGACGCAGAUUACUCAUCCUCGGUUAAUGAAGGAAAUUGGAAAAGCUCGAAAAAGAGGAAGGAUGAUGAAGAUGAAACUGAGGAUAGAGAUGAUACAUCCACGCUAAAGAAGCCGAGGGUUGUUUGGUCCGUUGAGCUCCAUCAACAGUUCGUUGCAGCUGUUAAUCAACUAGGCAUCGACAAGGCUGUCCCGAAGAAAAUUUUGGAGUUGAUGAACGUUCCUGGCCUUACCCGAGAAAAUGUUGCUAGCCAUCUUCAGAAAUAUCGGUUGUAUCUUAGAAGGCUGAGUGGGGUAUCACCACACUCAUGUAAUCCGAAUAAUUCUUUUAUGAACCCCCAAGAUGAAACUUUCGGUCCGCUGUCUUCAGUCCAUGGGCUCGAUCUGCAAACGCUUACUGCCACUGGUCAACUUCCUGCACAAUGUCUUGCCACACUCCAAGCAGCUGUGCUCGGUCGGUCAACUGCUAAAUCGAGCAUACCUAUGCCCCUUGUUAAUCAAAGAAACAUUUUUAGUUUUGAAAAUCCAAAGUUGAGAUUUGGAGAAGGGCAGCAACAACAUGUGAACAAUAAUAAUAAGCAAGUAAAUUUACUUCAUGGAAUUCCAACAACAAUGGAGUCAAAGCAGCUUACCAGCUUGCGCCGCACCUCACAAUCGAUAGGAAACGUAAGUAUGCAAGUUGCUCCCCACGGUGCACAAAGCAGUCAAAACAACUCAUCAUUGAUCGAGAUGGGUCAGCCAUUGUCGAGAGUCCAGAUACUGAACGAUUCAACUGUUCCAUUAUCUGUGGGGCAGCCUAUAGUACCAAAUGGAAUUGCUGCAAAUGUCUCUACACGAAAUGGGAUUCCAGAAAAUAUCCGAGCCCCUGGUUAUAAUCUGGUUUCACAGACCUCUUCGAUAUUGAAUUUCCCCAUGAAUCAUGCUUCCGAACUACCUGUUGAUUCUUUCUCCCUCAGAAGUACACCGGGAAUGUCUGAUCACACAUCGAAAGGUGCUUUUCACGAAGAUUUUAACUCAGAAAUUAAAGGAUCAGGGGGAUUCUUGCCUACUUACGAUGUAUUUAAUGACUAUCAAUAUAAAUCCCAAAAUUGGGAGCUACAGAAUGCAGGCAUGAUAUUAGAAGACUCUCAGCAUUCAAACUCUCUUCAAGGCAACCUUGAUCUCGCGCAAUCGGUUUUAGUUCAACAAGGAUUUCCUUCGGGCCAAAUAAAUGGACAAAACAGGAGUGUACCCAUUGUAAGCAAGGCGAUGUUCUCAGCCGGAGAUAGUACAGAACCUGGGAAUCUGCUAAAUGUCAAUCAUCAUCUCAACACAAUUCGUGCUGAAAAUACGGUUCGGGUCAAGUCCGGGAGUGUUGCAGAUGGGAAUCCUUCCAAUCUAUUUGCCGAUCACUUCGGACAAGAGGAUCUCAUGAUUGCUCUUCUGAAACAGCAACAAGGCAUCGCACCAGCCGAAAACGAGUUCGAUUUCGAUGGGUAUUCCUUGGAUAAUAUCCCAGUGUAGGUGAUCUCCUAUCGCACUACACCAUUAUAUGAUGUACAUAAUAUCUCUUCUGAAAUCAAUGACUGGGACCUCAAGUUCAUGUUUCUUCAAGAAACUGGAUUUGCUUCGCUCCAAGAACUGCAUCAAGAAACUGGAUUUGCUUCGCUCCAAGAACCGCAUCAAGAAACUGGAUUUGCUUCGCUCCAAGAACUGCAUCAUCGUUUGCAAAUGUCAUGCUCUGCCAGUUUCUUUUGAACAUAACAGGAUCUGAUGAAUGGAUAAUCAAGACGGAUGAGUAACCUUAGGAAGAUCAUGCUGGUGCAUGAUAUGCUAAGGAAUUUCGGUCGAAAAUUUUUAUCGUUUUCAGUAACCAAAUCCGGCUUGACUGACUAAUUUUUAGGGUGAUUUUUGAUGUUGUCCAGCAGCAUUCCAAGUUGUGGAGGACCAUUUUUAAACAGGGCCACUUGUAGGCUUUCUACAUGAAAUUUGCUGCCUUUUUCUUCUUGAAUUGAUUUGUGAUGUACAUAUAUAUUUACUCUAGACAUAAGUCUGGGCAUUGAAUUCUGGUAAAUUUUCAUUGUAUCUGUAUUUAUCAUUUGAUUUUUAUAUAAAACUGGUUAUUGAA